CUGUAACUUUGCAGCUUUUUAUCCCCUCCUUCUCUCUCACUGAACUCUUCCUGCCAAAGAUACAUACAAAAAUGGUCCACUGAAGAACUCACUGCAAAAAAAGCUUCUUUUUUUCAUCAACAACCAAACUUUAAACUUCAACAACCCUCCCCCCCAACCCCACCAAUGGACUUCAAGUUGAAGCAAUGGAGAAAUGAAUCAUCAGAAGAAGAAAAAUCAACAAAGUUACCAAGACUUGUUCUUGAUCUCGACUCUUUUUCUUCUUGUUAUUCACAUUCUGAUUCUGAUUCUUUUGCUCUUCCAUUAUUUGUAUCUGAACCUAUCAAUAAAUUGUCAGCAUUUGCAGAUUCAACACUUACUCCCACCAAACUUCCCAGUAUGGGAAAUGGUUACUUCAGCUUAGCUCAGUGGCAAGAACUUGAACUACAGGCUUUGAUUUACAAACAUAUGUUAGCUGGUGCUCCUGUUCCUCAUGAACUUCUUCAUCUUAUUAAAAAAAGUCUCAUCAAUUCAUCUCCUUAUUAUAAUAUGCCUCAACAGUAUCAUCAUUAUCAACAAGCUAUGUUACACUCAGGGUAUUGGGGAAAAACAAAUAUGGAUCCAGAGCCAGGGAGGUGUAGGAGAACUGAUGGGAAGAAAUGGAGAUGUUCAAGAGAUGUUGUGAGUGGACAUAAGUACUGUGAACGCCACGUCCAUCGUGGUAAGAACCGUUCAAGAAAGCCGGUGGAAAUCCCCACAACCACCGCC